GCACUGGGCAUCCCCUUCAUCGCGAAAGGCGUUUCCGAGACCCAAGCUGCAAGUCGAUCCCUCUUGUUGGCUAAUCAUGAACCGGAGCAUGUUCACUGCUGCAUGAGGGACCAGAUCGAGGGGCGUGGUUGCCUCAUCCACCCCGAUGCCAAGUGUGCUUUGGAAUCUUGUGAUGUCUGUGUCUUCGGGACCCCUUGCCCUCCGUUUUCACAGUUCCGUGGGAAGCGAUAUCAUGAAAAUUCGGUUGCUUCGCACGACCUCGUCAGUGUAACCAUGGAGGAUGCCCGAGACAUGUUGGUGUUGGGCCAGCACAAAGCUGUCAUCAUGGAGCAGGUUCCGGGUUUUGACAUGCCUGAACACUCUGGUGCUUCGGAAGAUGCCACGUUCAUGCGAAG